AUGGCUUCAUCAGGAUCGAAUCUUAUGGUAUCUUCUAACUAUUCAGUCCCAAUAUUGUCUGGGGACAACUACCAGCACUGGAAAGAAUCAAUAUUGAUUCAUUUGGGCUGUAUGGAUCUAGACUUGGCAUUAAGGAUAGACCAACCCCCUUCUCCUACGGAAGAAAGCACUGCAGAUGAAAAGCAGUUGUUUGAGAAAUGGGUUAGGUCUAAUAGCCUUAGUCUAAUGAUCAUAAAGAAAAGCAUUCCAGAAAUCUUUAGGGGCACGAUAUCUGAUGAUAUCGUUACUGCCAAUGAUUUCCUUGUCGAAAUUGAGAAACGCUUUACCAAAAGCGAUAAGGCGGAAUGA